ACAGCUAGCGGCUUGGAAGGAGAAGCAAGAAGCUGUGAAGCAAGAAGCUGUGAAGAAUCUAGAAAAGAGAUGAAGAAGGAAGCUAAAGAUUUUGUUUACAGGUCUGUAACCUGGGAUGGUGAGAGUUUUAUUUUUCAGGUUGACAGGCACUGGAGGAGAUACGGCCAUGACCCCACUAGGUGGUGAUGAUAGCCUCAAUAAUGGCUGCAUAGGCAGUCAUUUAAUAUAACUGCAUAUAGCAUAGAGAUAUUUCAUAUAAUAUAAAGGAACUGAUCAGCCAUUGAGCACAACCCCCCCCCCCAACAACUUACCAUCUAAAAUGCAACAAAUACAAUCUAUUGGAAAAUUGUUUAGGCACAGGGGUGUCACAGACAGUAUCCAGACAGGAGGCUUCACAGGACUGAAAUUUGAGGAAGGGUUUGAUGAAAAGAGAAUGAAAAUAUAAGGCACUACAUGAAUGAGGCAUAGGGAGUAUGAAUGACAGUGCAGAGGCAAGAGUGGGAGGCACAUACAGGCAGGAAGUAAGGGGCAGUUUUUGCUGAAACUGGCAGCUAAUGAGAUAAUGUUGGAAUAUGACUGGAGGGUGAACUGACUGCUGUUAUGACUACCAAAAAUUGUUUGUUUGCUGUCUUCUGAGAUUCUCAUUGGCUGGCUAGUUUUUCAGCCCUGGUAGAGCAGGUAUAUCUAGCAGUUCUCCAGAGCCAGGAGAGUGAGAAAGCAGCAAGCACAGAUCAUCGGUCAGAACAUGAGAAUGGAUCUGAAGAUGCACCUAGUCCUUCUUGCAUCUCUCCUUUAUUCUACUGUAGCCUUCCCUAUUCCGGACUAUGAAGGUCAUGCUAACACAACAGGAAAUCAUAUACAGAGUUCUGAAAAAGAGGAUGAAUAUGAAAGAGAGCUGGCUACAAAGUCUGACUCCCAGGAGGAGGCUGAUUUUAAUCAAAUUUUGAAAGCUAACAAAGAUAGUUCCCAGUUCUUGCUUGAAGGUGACAUUGUUGCAACAAGGAGCCGCAGUGCUAUGGGCUGUCCAAGUAACUCAUGUUUUUGGCCCCAGGCCAGCGAUGGGAUUGUCCAUGUCCCCUAUGUCUUGUCCUCUGAUUAUGAUGAGAAUGAGAGAAAAACAUUUGCUGAAGCCAUUGCAGAAUUUGAAACUUUGACUUGUAUUCAUUUUGUGGGGCGCAAGACAGAAAAGGACUAUAUAGAUAUUAAAUCUGAAAAGGGCUGCUGGUCUUACUAUGGAAAAAUUGGAGGUGCACAGACAUUGUCUUUGAUGAAGCAAGGUUGCAUAUGGAAAGGGGUAAUUCAGCAUGAACUGGACCAUACACUUGGCUUUUUACAUGAACACACUCGAAGUGACAGGGACAAUUACGUGAAGAUUAUGUGGCAGUAUAUUCAUCCAAGUCAUGUAGACAACUUUAAGAAAUACAGUGACUCCAAUAAUCUGGACCUUCCAUAUGACUAUUCUUCAGUGAUGCACUAUAGCGCACACACCUUCUCUAACACCUCUGGGAAAGCAACUAUUGUGGCAAUUCCUGAUGCAUCAGUACCUAUUGGAAAGAAAAAUGGACUGAGUAAUUUGGAUGUGGCCAAAAUUAACAAGCUUUAUAAAUGCAAUCGCUGCAGCACCGUUCUUGAUAAACCAUCUGGGUCUUUGAACUCUUUGAACUACCCAUCAAAAUAUUCAGAUAAUGUCAACUGCAUGUGGCUCAUCCGAAUCCCAUCCAAACAGGUUUUUUUGCAGUUUGAAGGCUUUGAUCUUCAGUCCUCAAAAGACUGUCAGGCUGACUAUAUUAAAGUCUAUGAUGGGGUCAGCAAGUCUUCCAAGGUUCUUCUGGACAAGACGUGUGGGUCAAAUUUGCCUGUAAACUUAACAUCUUCUGGUACAACUAUGCUAAUAGAGUUCGUCACUGAUAGUACCGAAACAGGCACUGGUUUCCAAGCCUCCUAUACUUCUGGUGAGUUGAGCAUACAAACAGGUACAGGGCACAGAACAGGUACAGGGCACAGAAAGAGAAUAUUUCAAGAAGUAAUUAACAGACUUGUGUAGGAAUGACCAUCAUCCUACCU